AAAAUCUGUUUGAUUUUCAGAUGAAAUCCUGAGAAACGAACACUGAGAAAGAUGAAAGCCAGGCAGCCUGUCAUCUCAUUGGAUAUUUAGGUGCGUCCCCAACACAAAGAUCCCUCAUCCGAGCACCUUAGCCAAGGCACAGGCAUUGUAAUGUCUGUGAAUGACACCUGAUAUGGCUGCUCGGGCUUACAGCUUUUCAAACAGUGAUUGCUUACCGCGAAUGUUUUAAAAUCAAGUCUGGACGCGGUGCGCGUGCACUGAAGACGCCGCAAAGGUCUCUAUCAUGCUGAAGGUGCAUUCUGAGAGGUAGCAGUUCAAACGCUUACUUCAAGACAGGCUCAUUUAAUAAUUUCAUCCUUCAAUUCCCAUGAUGGCUCUGACCUGCCUUUGUGAGUCUUUGAAUGGAUCAGAUCAGGAUUAUGAGCUCUGCAACAGCACUACAUUCAACUUUACCGGCAAUGAGAGUGGACGCUGUCACCUUCAGACCAUGGAUGAAGUUCUGUUUAGGCUUCUGGGCCCUAGGCGAUCUUCUUUCUUCUUCCCUGUAACCAUUACGUACACCCUCAUCUUCACCACAGGAGUCUUGGGAAACCUCCUCACUUGCACUGUGAUCACUAAAGACAGGAAGAUGCAGACACCCACCAACCUAUAUCUAUUUAGCCUGGCUAUCUCAGACCUGCUGGUGCUGAUCUUCGGGAUGCCACUGGAAAUCUACGAGCUCUGGCAGAACUAUCCCUUCCCCUUUGGCGAAAGCAUUUGCUGCUUCAAGAUCUUCCUAUUUGAGACAGUUUGCUUUGCUUCUGUGCUUAACGUUACAGUUCUGAGCGUAGAACGCUACAUCGCUGUGAUUCACCCACUCAAAACCCGCUACGCAAUUACCAACAAGCACGCUCAAAGGGUCAUCGCUAGUGUUUGGGUUCUGUCCCUGAUCUGCGCCAUCCCAAACACUUCACUUCAUGGCCUGCAGUACCAGAACCUGCCAGAGAGGGUUCUGGAAUCAGCUACCUGCAACCUGCUCAAGCCCAAAUGGAUGUAUAACUUGGUGAUCCAGGUCACAACUCUUCUCUUUUACUUCGUCCCCAUGAUGAUGAUCAGUGUGCUCUAUCUGAUGAUUGGUCUGACACUGGGCAGGGGACAGAAGCAGAGGGAUGAAAAUCUGGACAAGAACCAAGACAGCUGGAAAAUCCACCUGGACAGCAGACGGAAGAGGCAGGUCACCAAGAUGCAUUUUGUGGUGGUAUUGGUGUUUGCCAUCUGCUGGGCUCCAUUCCACAUCGACCGACUCUUGUGGAGCUUCAUCACGAGUUGGACUGACCACAUGCAUAGCGUAUUUGAAUAUGUGCACAUAAUCUCAGGAGUGCUCUUUUACCUCAGCACCGCCGUUAAUCCCAUCAUCUACAACCUUCUCUCCAGUCGUUUCCGGGAGCGAUUUCAAGCUCUGGUGUGCAGUUGUCUGCCAUCGAGCUCUUCUCGUAAUGACUCAACGCCUUUACAUCAUCCCCAAAGACCCCCCACCGAUCUCCAACGUCCAGGCUAAGAGCAGAAACGUGGGCGGCUCACUUCCUUUUGUCAUUAGCAGCAGCAGGUGGGAACCAGAGAAUGAAUGCUUUCAUGUGAGACAACAUGAUCUGUGAUCUCACAUCUGAAGCCUAGGUUACAUCUCACUAAGCACAGAAAAAGAAUAAGAUGUGUCAAAUACAAUACUGUGUAAAUAAUAGGCUGUUCCUUAAAACUACAUGUGAACAGACACAUAUUGGGUUUGGAUUCAUACGGUCUGUCUGGCUUUUUGAAGUUACCUUAAGCUAAUAAUAACCAGUGUAGUUAUAUUGGCCAAAUAUAUAUAUAUUUUAUUUUUGAAUUUUUGAAUGAAAAUAAAACACUACACAGUUCUGCAGAAAGGCCAUGGCAUUCAUGGUCAGUAUUACAGUUCCUGUGGAUAUUAGUAAAAUAACAGGAGACAACAAGGUCAUUGAUUAAUAAAUAACAAAAUUGCUGC